AUGUCCAGCCUCUCAGGGGAGGUUAUACUUUCAGCAACAUACGGAUUCGACAUCGUGUUGGAGACAGACAAGUACAUUGUGAUGGCGAAAGACGGUGUUGACCCCGUUCUCCCGGCUCUGAUUCCUGGAACGUACCUGGUGGAUUUUAUUCCUGCCCUUAAAUAUGUGCCGGAGUGGUUUCCUGGUGCAGGGUUCAGGAGAAAGGCGAAGGAAUGGAAGAAGCUUACUUUGGCUAUGCGUGAUGUCCCUUUUUUGGUUGCAAAAAGAGAGAUUGAAAAUGGUUCUGAGAAACCCACUUUCUGUUAUUCGAGCCUUCAAAGGAUCGAUGAGAGACUAGACCGCGAGCAACAAGAACGCGACAUCAGAGAUGUGGCAGGGACUAUGUACGCCGCUGGUUCUGACACGACUAUGGCCUCGAUCGCGAAUUGCAUCAUCGCCCUCCUCAACCAUCCCGAGGUGCUGAAGAAAGCCCACGAGGAAAUUGGCCGAGUUCUCAAGCCAGGAACCCUCCCGGACUUCGACGAUGAGCCGUCCUUGCCCUAUGUCACAGCCAUCAUUAAGGAAACCUCCCGUUGGAAUGAUGCGACACCUCUCGGACACAAAAAGGUCUCCCCCAUAUGUCAAGGGAGGAAGACGAGUACCACGGGUACAGGAUUCCAAAAGGAUCCUUAG